UAAUAGAUACAUGCGAUUGGUAUGCAUUCGAGAACUGAACGCUCGUUCCGCUAUCGAUACAUAUCACUUCGAGUUGAUGUGCGUAUUACUGAAUGUGACAGAGAGUGUGUAAGAGAGAGUGUUUACAGUGGUAAAACUGAUAAAUUAACGAAUUUACCCGCAAAAAUUAUGAAUUUUCCGGAUUAUAUUACAAUGGAAGGACGAGAACCCAGUUGCGUGAGCCAUCAAGAAGUUUUGAAUUAUUUAAAAGAUUACGCUGACCAUUUUAAUUUACAUCGAUAUAUUCAGUUCAAUACAAAAGUUGAGCAUGUUCGAUUUGUGUCAUCUGAUUGCACUCGAGAUAAAUGGUCCGUACAAGUAAGAAAACUAAAAACAAAUAAAAUGGAAUUACGUUAUUUUGAUGCCAUUAUGAUUUGCAAUGGACAUUAUUUCGAUCCUUAUAUACCAACUAUAACUGGUAUUGACAGUUUUUCGGGUAUAAUUAUGCAUAGCCACGCAUACCGAAAACCUGAUGAAUUUUCCGGCAAAACUGUAUUAAUACUGGGUGCGGGUUCAUCUGGCAUCGAUAUAGGAAUCGAUUUAUCUAAUCAAGCGACUUGCGUAUAUUUGAGUCACAAUCAUGAUAAAUUAACAAGUUCUUUACCAUCAAAUAUGAUACAAGUUGCGGGUGUUGAGAGCAUACAUGAAACCACAUUUUAUUUAAAGGAUGGAACAACUAUUGAUGCUAUUGACGUUUUUCUUUUUUGUACUGGUUACAAGUACAAUUUUCCUUUCUUAGAUGAGAACUGUGGUAUACAAGUUGACAGCAACUAUGUAAUACCACUUUACAAACACUUCGUCAAUAUAGAGCAUUCUUCAAUGUGUAUCAUCGGUAUACCUACAGUCGUUGUGCCGUUUCCCAUGUUUCAUAUGCAGGUACAAUUUUUCCUAUCUUUACUUCAAAAUCGAGCGACGUUGCCCACCAAACUUGUAAUGUUAGAAAAUUCGAUCUUAAGAACUCCAAAGAAGAGACAUGCACAUAAGCUAAUGGAUCGUCAAUGGGAUUACAAUGAUUCAUUGGCAAUUGCUGGCGGAUUUGAUCGGUUACCAUUAUUUUAUAAACUUGGAUAUGAAGUAUGGUCAGUUCAUAGAUCUAUGAAUCUUUUACGUUAUAAGGAUUCCAAAUUUAUUAUUUCCGAAAAUGGACAAAGUGUUGAAUUAGUAAUACCAGAAUAAAAUCUCGUUAAAUUCUACAAUAUAAAUGUUUUUUCAAUAUUUUAAUAACAUCGUAUUUUAAUUGUUAAUUAAACAUAAAUAUGACAUAAAUU